AUGAGGCGCGUCUUCGGUGUGAAGAAGGAGAAGGCGCCCGGGCCGACCGUGGAGGAGGCGACUCAAAGGAUUAAUAAGCGUGGCGAUGCAAUCGAUGAGAAGAUUAAGAAGCUAGACGGGGAGCUGUUCAGGUAUCGGGAGCAGAUCAAGAAGACUCGGCCAGGCCCUGCGCAAGAGGCCGUGAAGGCCCGUGCCAUGCGAAUUUUGAAGCAGAAGAAAAUGUACGAAGGUCAACGGGAUCAAUUGUACAGUCAAACUUUCAACUUGGAGCAGGUUGCGUUUGCGACAGAAGGGCUCAAGGAUGCUCAACAAACGAUGUCAGCCAUGAAAGCCGCGAACAAGGACUUGAAGGGAACCAUGAAGACGCUGAAGAUCGAUGAUAUCGACAAAAUGCAAGACGAAAUGAUGGACUUGGUGGACUACAGCUCCGAGAUCCAGGAGACGCUGGGUCGCAGUUAUGGCGUACCCGAAGACUUCGACGAAGAAGAGCUGAUGGGAGAGUUGGAUGCUUUGGAAGCCGACAUGGGGUUGGAGGCAGAACCGGAUGCAAUGCCAUCUUACUUGCAAGACGACAAGGAGGAGAUGGAUCUACCCGCCGCUCCGUCCGGCCACGCUCAGCCGCAGGCUGCAGAAGCGGACGAGUACGGGUUGCCAACAGUUCCAAGGGCAGGGAUACGAACGUGAGGAGUUGCGGGUGGAUCGGAAAGCGGUAGGUAAAGGGAGACGGGAAGCAGAUCCGCGGGGUAGCGUUUGGAGAGCAUGUUCGUGACGCAAAUGAACAGUUGGAGAGAACAUGGAAAAGGGGAAGCGACGCGGAGACGUUGCGAAGUGUGGAGGAGCAAUCGCCAUCGAUAUUCUUGUGAGCGGACGGACGAAUCCGUGGGUAAUUGUAGGUGGAUUUGUGUACAUUAGGGAACUAUGGAACAGAGCGGAUGUAGGGGGUGGAAGGGGCGCUUUGUGUACAAAAGCAAACAGGGAGUGCAGGCAGCUGCUGGGCAGUGACCUGGUAAUUAGCUUAGUCGCGACUGUGUGGCUAACCCACAGUGGAAAAGCAUUGGGCAAUCGGAUUCUUGGUUUCGUUGGCGAA